ACUGGGUGGCACUGGGGGACACUGGGGGACAGACUGUCCCCGUGUCCCCACAACCUGCAUGUCCCCCUGUCAUCAUGUUCCAUAUGUCAUGUCCCCAUGUUGAGUCCUGUGUUCUCCGUGUCCCAAUGUCCCUCGUGUCCCGUGUCCACAUGUCCCUGUGUCUCUUGUCCUCCAUGUCCCACGUCGGCCCGUGUCCCCUGUGCCCCCGCUGUCCCCAUGUGCGUCCCAUGUCCUAAUGUCCCUCAUGUCCCAUGUCUACAUGGCCCCCAUGUCCCUGUGUCCCAUGUCCCCCCUGUCCCCAUGUCCCCAUGUCCCACAUGGUCCCGUGUCCCAUGUCCCCUUGUCCCCAUGUCCUCCAUGUCCCCCACGGUCCUGUGUCUCUGUGUCCCCAUGUCCCUGUGUCUCAUGUCCUAUGUCCCCUCAUUUCCAUGUGCCCCAUGUCCCUAUGUCCCCCGUAUCCCUGUGUCCCCACAUCCCCAUGUCCCUGUCCCCUGUGUCCCCCAUGGUCCCAUAUCCCCCAUGUCGCCCUUGUCCCUUUUACCCCGUGUCCCCACGUCCCAAACAUCCCUGUAUCGCUCUUGUCCCGUGUCCCCCGUGUCCCCGUCCCCUCCAUGUCCCCUGUGUCCCCCAUGGUCCCACAUCCCCCAUGUCGCCCUUGUCCCUUUUACCCCGUGUCCCCACGUCCCAAACAUCCCUGUAUCGCUCUUGUCCCGUGUCCCCCGUGUCCCCGUCCCCUCCAUGUCCCCUGUGUCCCCCAUGGUCCCACAUCCCCCAUGUCGCCCUUGUCCCUUUUACCCCGUGUCCCCACGUCCCAAACAUCCCUGUAUCGCUCUUGUCCCGUGUCCCCCGUGUCCCCCACGUCCCCGUCCUCUCCAUGUCCCUGUCCCCUGUGUCCCCCAUGUCCCCCCUUGUCCCUUUUACCCCGUGUCCCCACGUCCCAAACAUCCCUGUAUCGCUCUUGUCCCGUGUCCCCCGUGUCCCCCACGUCCCCGUCCCCUCCAUGUCCCUGUCCCCCGUGUCCCCAUGUCCCGUGUCCCCAGCCCGUGGGACAGGACCCUCCGUGGGGGGGACACCGAGAAGGGGCGGGAGGCGCCGCUCGGGCGGGUCUGGGGGCUGCGGGGGGGACGGGACGGGACGGGAACCGUGGGGACCGCGCUGCUCCCGAGCCCUCGCUGCCCCAUUUCAGUAUAGGUCCCGGUGCCCGGUUUUAAUGCCGGUGCCAGCACCCGGGGCUCGGUCCCGGUGCCGAUGCCCGGCGCUCAUACCGGUGCCGGUGCCCGCUGCCGGCUCCGGGUGCCCGGUUUCACUGCCCGGUUUCGCUGCCCGGUGCUCAGUCCCGGUUCCCGGUACCAGCACCCGCUGCCCGCUUUAAACUCCCCGGUUCCCGUUGCCGCCGCUUCCAGCGCUCGGUGCCCGUUGUCCCGCCGCCCCGCGCCGCUUCCCGCACCCGCUGCCCCCGCGGCGGGUCCGUUACCGGUGCAGUUGCCGGAACCCGUUGCGCUCCCGCGCCCGGUGCCCGUUGCCCGGGGCGGUUCCGCGCCCGGUGCCGGUUGCCGGGGGCGGUUCCGCUGCGGGUGCCGGUCCCCGCUUGCCGGUGCCGGUUCCCGGUGCCCGUUCGCCGGGGCGGUCCCGGUGCCGGUUCCCGGUGCCCGUUCGCCGGGGCGGUCCCGGUGCCGGUCCCCGCUUGCCGGUGCCCGUUGCCCGGGGCGGUGCCGGAUGGGGGGGGUCUGUUCGCGGGCGUUCAGGCGGCUCCGGCCCCGCAGGGUCAUGUCGGCGGCGGCGGCGGCGGCGGCGGGUUCGGGGGCCGGGGGGGGCCGGGGGCCGGUGCUGACCUCCCGGACCAUGAACCCGGCGGUACGGAGGGUGGAAUACGCCGUGCGGGGCCCCAUCGUCACCCGAGCCACGCAGCUGGAGCGGGAGCUGCAGCAGGGUGCCUCCAAGCCCUUCACCGAGGUGAUCAAGGCCAACAUCGGUGACGCCCACGCCAUGGGCCAGAAACCCAUCACCUUCCUCCGCCAGGUGACAGCCCUGUGUGUGUACCCAGAGCUCAUGAACGACAAAUCCAUCCCGUCGGACGCCAAGGACCGCGCCAAGCGGCUGCUGGCAGCCUGCGGCGGCCAGAGCGCCGGUGCCUACAGCGCCAGCCCCGGCAUCGAGCUGGUGCGGCAGCACGUGGCGCGGUUCCUGCAGCAGCGCGACGGCGUCGCCGCCGACCCCCAGAACAUCUUCCUGGCCACCGGCGCCAGCGAUGCCAUCGUGGUCAUCCUGAAGCUGCUGGCGUCGGGCUCGGGGGCCUCGCGCACGGGGGUGCUGGUGCCCAUCCCGCAGUACCCGCUGUACUCGGCCACCAUCGCGGAGCUCAGCGCCGUGCAGCUGGGGUACUACCUGGCCGAGGAGCAGUGCUGGGCGCUGGAGGUGGCCGAGCUGCGCCGCGUGCUGGCAAAGGGACGGCAACACUGCUGUCCCCGCGUCCUCUGCAUCAUCAACCCCGGCAACCCUACCGGCCAGGUCCAGAGCCGCCAGUGCAUCGAGGACGUCAUCAAGUUCGCCUAUGAGGAGAACCUCUUCCUUAUGGCCGAUGAGGUGUACCAAGACAACAUCUAUGCCAAGGGCUCGGCUUUCUACUCUUUCAAGAAGGUUCUGAGCGAGAUGGGGCCGCCCUACUCGAAGACGGUGGAGCUGGCCUCCUUCCACUCCAUCUCCAAGGGCUUCAUGGGAGAGUGCGGUUUCCGUGGCGGGUAUAUGGAGGUGAUAAACAUGGACCCCGAGGUGAAGGAGCAGUUGGUCAAACUGGUGUCGGUGCGGCUGUGCCCACCCGUGUCCGGGCAGAUCCUCUUGGGCGCCCUCGUGGACCCACCACAACCUGGAGAACCUUCAUACGAGACAUUCAUGGCUGAGAAGAAGGCCGUGCUCAGCACCCUGGCCCACAAGGCCCAGCUCACCCAGGAGAUCUUCAACAAGACCCCCGGCAUCCACUGCAACCCCGUCCAGGGGGCCAUGUACUCCUUCCCCCGCAUCGACCUGCCGCCCCGCGCCAUCGCCGCCGCCAAGGAGAAGGGUCAAGCCCCCGACACGUUCUUCUGCAUGAGGCUGCUGGAGGAGACGGGGAUCUGCGUGGUGCCGGGCAGCGGUUUCGGGCAGCGUGAGGGCACCUUCCACUUCCGGAUGACCAUCCUCCCGCCCACCGAGAAGCUGAAGGUCCUGCUGGAGAAGCUCAGCAGCUUCUACACCGAGUUCGUCAAGGAGUUCUCCUAAUUACAGCCCCCCCGCCCCUCCCAUCACCCCCCCACCCUCCGGCACCCACUGUCCCCCCCACCCACCCGCACCCACCACCCCACACCCCCGCCGGGUGCCGCGGGCCGGGACCCUGCCCUGGGUCAUCUCCAAGUGCCUUCAACCUCUUGGUGCCUUCACGUUGGGGACACACGGAACACGCCACGUCCCCAGGCUGGUCCCCUCCCCGCUGUCCCCAUGUCCCCUGGUGGGGGGUGACAUGGGGACAAUGGGCAGGGCCAGCUCACCCCUCGGAAACCCCAGUAAUAAAUGGGUAGUGACCAGC